AUGCGCCUACUUUUCUUGCCUUACAAACCCGCCUCGGAUGCCGCGUCAGAGGCGUCCCAAGCAGGGUCUAAGAUAUCGCAUCAGAAACACGCCGCGCGUGAACAUCACCGCAAAGCAAAGUUGGCAAAGCAACAUUUGAAACCUACUCAAAGAGGCAGCCGCGGCGGGGUCCAAAGCCAUGCAGAAUAUGGAGGACGCUUUAUUGAAUGGAAAGUCCAAGGUGACGAAUUAGAGGAAGCGCAGCUUAAUGCAAACCCGACAAGCUCUCUUGGAGCUGGCAGGCUCGAUCCUUUUGAUGUCUACUGCGCUAGCAACCAGCCGUUGAUGGUGCAUGAGAUGCUUGAUCAUGCAAUAUCAUGCCAAUGGACCCUUUUCGCGCCAGAUAACAAGCCUAGCUCUCUAAAUGCGGUAAAACAAGCCGUCAUGAACUUAGCCAUGGAUUCUCCCUUACUCUUCCAUACUUUAGUAUUCGCUGGCGCAACGCACAAGGCUUUUCACCAAGCUCAGACCGUCAACAAUCGGAAGAGCCAAGUCCUGCGUCUAACUUGCAAAGGAAAAGCUCUCCAAACCUUGAGAAGGGCAUUGAGCGCCCCAGAGACCAUGUGCUCGGACGAUGUGAUCUUCUCCAUGCUCCUUCUCGCCUCACAUGGCAGCGGUGAGAAGGUCACGGCGGCGACUUACAGGGAAAAAAGAAUUCUCGCUGCAGCUCAAGAUGCGCAAUUCUAUGCAAGCAUGGAGUAUGAGUGGUCGCAUAUGAGAGGAUUGCUGGACGUUCUCCGUGUGAAAGGAGGGUUACAGGAAAUAUCUGUUCCUGGCGUUGCUUUUGCCAUUGCAUCGUUUGACACGCACACAGCAAUAAUGUUCCAGUCGAAACCUACCUUCCCGACUCUGAUACCCUCAGCUUCGGUUCUUAAAUCGUGGCCUUCGAGUGAUCCUACUAGUCUAGCAUUCCAGCGGUCCCCUCAUCUAAUAUCUGGCUUCAAAUUCCUUUCCUACAUGGAAAUCCCGCAGGCGAGAGAUCUGCUCAAUGUCCUGCAAGGCAUGCGUGACAUCAUUGUUGGCUUUGACAGUUUCCAGCAAGGAGAUGCAAAUGCUCCCAACCUCAAACAGAUCAUCUUCGCACGAAAUCUCAACCAGCACGAACUCAUCAGCCUAGAUAAUUUGUGGAUUGGCAUCUCCUCACCAGAUUCCGGUACAACGAGUUUCACCACUACUGAACCAGAAAACUCACGAGAUAUCGUCCUCUAUGAGAUCUCGAGAAUCUGCGCCAUUGUCUUCCAGAUCGUGACUCUUCUACCAAACCUUCACAGCGUCCAGCCUGUCACGAUGGCCUACGCAGUUCGCUUGAAGGACAUCCUCAUAUCCUGCAAGAGCUCCCUCAGAUCUUGCGACGGCUACAUGGACCAUGACCUACUACUCUGGGCUGGCAUUCUUGGGGCAUGGCUCACUCAGGGAAUGAGCAUGCGGAUCUGGUUCAUUGAACAUUUGGCGCGUGAAAUCAUCCCUCUCGUGGCACAUGGUAAUUUGAGUGAACUCUACGAGUCUCCUCGAAAAUCCUGGGAGCUGGCACGAAGCAAAGUCACAAGUUUCCUGUGGCUGGACAGUGAAUGUGACUCACCUUAUCGGGAAGUCUGGGAAGAAGUGGAGGUCUGGGCGGUGCCGGAUGCACAGGGCGUGAUCUGCUGA